AAGAAAAGGAGAAUUUUUUUCAUCCAAAUGAUAGCAUUGUUCUUAAACAGGCCAAAUUUGAAAUUAAUAAUUGUACAUAUAAUAUCAAUUAUGGAAAGAUUGAUAAGCAAUUAGUUGAACUACAAAUCCAAGCUAUUGUAAAGUCAAUUGAUCGUGGCCAAAUUUCUCAAGAGGCAUAUAGAUCUUUGGCUAGACUUGAUGAAUCACUAAUCCGAGCUGGAGCAAUUUAUAAUAUGAGACAAGAAAUCAUACACAAAGUAAAUGAAAAAAUUCCUAUUAGUUUAGUUGAUAUUGACCAACCAACCAUUUUUGAGCCAAUUACUGAAGAGGCUGAUAUUACUAAUCCAACCAUAGUUUCUAUUGUCAUUACGUCUAUCAGAAAAGAUUUUUCUCAAGAACGUGCUAUUCAACUUCGUCAACUGUGGUCCGGUUUUCUUGAUUUAUACAAUAUGAUGACAUUACCAAAUAUAGCAAGAUCACAAUUUAGAAUCAAAGCCAAAUUAUGGUUAAAGUUAUUUUUAAUACUAUCCAGGGGACAACCAAAUUGA